AUGAAAGGAGGAGGAUUGUUACAUGGAUUGAGGGGUAAACAAAUCCCUCUUAUACUUAUGGCUCUCGUAUGCACAACAAUUUUCGUUUUGGCAUGGGACAGAUCCUCGUUUCUUACAACAUUCGUGCCAUCAGAGGACCAGUUAUUGGUGCCUUCUCCAGAUGCACCUGAUGUAACAUCUACAAAACCUGAAAUUAGUGUGAAGGAAGAGAUAUUGCCUGCUGUUACAGAAGAAGAUUUAAAGACGGAUCAAGAAGAUAAGAGUUCCAAUGAGGCAACAAUAAUUGACUCCCCAACAAAAACUACUCCUGAAACAGAUGAUAGUGUGAAGGAGAACAUAUCAAACACAGAUCUCGAAGGAGAGUCGAGGACUGAUCAAGCAGAUAAAAAUGUAGAUGCUGAUUCUACCACUAAGAGUCCCACAAACACGGAUGAUGGCAACAAGAUUGAUUCCUCCACUGAAAAUAAAGGAGGAGAAAAUGAUGUAGAGGAAGCAGGAAAGACAUCUGAAGUUGUAGCUCUAUCUGAUUCUUCAACAACCACUCCUGAUAAAAUUAUAGAUGAUUUAAACGAGAUCACUUCCACGGCUGAGAAGAAAGGUGGAGUGGCAGCAUCAGAUGGAGAAUCGGCAACUGAGCAAGCAGGAAAAAUUUCUGAGAUUGUACCAUUAGUUAGUUCUGUUACGAAGAGCACUACCAAGGCAAGCAUAGAUGAUAACGAUAGAACUGCAGAGCAGAAAGAUAUCACGAUGGUCGUCUCGCAGACUGAAACAAGUCCUAAAAAGGAUAUUGAAGAAGAGAAAAAAUCAGAUGCGACAAAGGUUUUUGAUAACUCAGUAAGUUCUGCUAACCAAACUUUUUCUCAAGGGGUGGAAAAUGAUAACUCAGCUGCUGCCAAUAUGAAAAAGAAAGAAACUUGUGAUUAUGCCAAAGGCAGAUGGGAGGAAGGCAAACCGUUAUAUUCUGGGUUUGGUUGUAAGCAGUGGUUGUCAGGUAUGUGGGCUUGUAGAUUGACUCAACGGACAGAUUUUGCUUAUGAAAGAUUUCGCUGGAAGCCGUUUAGCUGUGAGAUGCCAGAAUUUGAUGGAGAAUCAUUCUUAAAAAGGAUGAAGGACAAAACGAUUGCAAUUAUUGGGGAUUCCUUAGGGAGACAGCAGUUCCAAUCUCUGAUGUGUAUGGUUACAGGUGGUGAGUUUAGGGAAGAUGUUGUAGAUGUUGGGUGGGAAUAUGGACUUGUUAAAGCUCGUGGUGCUACGCGCCCAGAUGGCUGGGCUUAUCGAUUCCCAAGCACCAAUACCACAAUUCUCUAUUAUUGGUCUGCAAGUCUUUGUGAUUUGGAGCCUAUUAACCCGGGUGACAAAGCUACAGACUGGGCGAUGCAUUUGGAUCGACCCCCAGCAUUCUUACGCCGUUAUCUCGACAGAUUUGAUGUGUUAGUUCUCAAUACAGGUCAUCAUUGGAAUAGAGGAAAACUUAAUGCAAAUCGAUGGGUUAUGCAUGUAGGAGGUGUACGCAACACCGAUAGAAAGCUUGCAGAGAUUGGGCGUGCCAAAAAUUUCACAGUUUACAGUAUUGUCAAGUGGGUUGAUCAGCAGCUCCCAACACAUCCACGGCUAAAAGCCUUUUUCAGGACCAUCUCGCCUCGGCAUUUCUUCCAUGGUGAUUGGAAUACUGGUGGAAGUUGUGAUAAUACAGUCCCACUUGCCGGAGGAAAAGAAGUUACCCAAGAUGAGUCUCUUGAUCAUAGUGCUUCUGGGGCUGUCAAAGGUACAAAUGUUAAGCUUUUGGAUAUAACUGCAAUUUCUCUGUUGAGAGAUGAAGGUCAUAUUUCACGGUACAGCAUUAAAGCGACACCAGGUACGCAGGAUUGUCUUCACUGGUGUUUACCUGGUAUCCCUGAUACAUGGAAUGAGCUAAUGAUCGCACAAUUGUAGGGGUUUGAUUUAUUGAAUUCAGUAUACAG